AUGGCUCAACGUGUUACUUUCAGAAGAAGAAACCCAUACAAUACCCGUUCUAACAAGAUCAAGGUUGUUAAGACCCCAGGUGGUAUCUUACGUGCUCAACAUGUCAAAAAGUUAGCUACUAGACCAAAGUGUGGUGAUUGUGGUAUUUGUUUACCAGGUGUCGCCGCCAUGAGACCAAGAAAAUACGCUACCAUCUCUAAGACUCACAAGACUGUUUCUAGAAUAUACGGUGGUUCCAGAUGUUCCAACUGUGUCAAGGAAAGAAUCACCAGAGCUUUCUUGAUCGAAGAACAAAAGAUCGUUAAGAAGGUCGUCAAGGAACAAACCGAAGUUGCUAAGAAAGAAGCCGCUAAGAAGACCAAGAAAGGUAAGAAGAGAAACUAA